AUGGUCAUCACCAGGAGCCAAGGAGACGCUGCCGAGAUGGACGCCCAGCGCCGCCCAGAGGAGCCGCACCGCUCAGAGGAGCCGCGCCGCCCUGGCACCCCCCGCCGCCUAGAUCAGCGUCGUCCAGACCUGCGCCGCCCAGAGGACCUGCGCCGCCCAGAGGAUCUACGUCGCCCAGAGGAUCUGCGCCGCCCAGGGGAACAGCAACGCUUGGAAGAUCAGCAGCACAUGGAAGAACAGCAACACCUGGAAGGUCAACCCCGUGUGGAAGAUUGGAGCCAGGGAGCUGAACAAAUUGAACUGGAGCGAAGACGAAGACUGUCUCUGAAUCCACCAGCAUCACCAACCACGCCCAUGGAUACGGAGGUUGGGCUAGGGGCUACGAACGACGCCUCUGCCCCCACAACCUCUGCUGCCUACAGACCCUUGAAGACUGGAGACCGACCCCGAACCAGGUCACCAGGGCAUUCAGUGCGAUCGACGGCAAGCGUGGCUGCUAGAGUACGGCUGGCAGAACUUGAAGCUGCAGAGAAGCUUGCAGCCCUGAGGAAGAAGGAAUUGGAGAUCGAAGCUGAACUCGUCAGAAAGCGACUGGCUGCAGACAUCACCAAUAUCCAAGAGGAGCAGGAGAGCCUGCAUGAAGAGAACCUCGACCACCAACAGAAGGUGGACACAUGGCUCCGCACCAACCCCGUCAGUGCACGGGGGGAGGAGGAGGAGCAGAGAAGGAGGGGAGGGGAACAACACCUCCGGUUCAACGUUAGAGGAAGAUCACCCACUCUGACCAGAAGGAAACCAGGGAUUGAGCAUUUGGCUGAAGCCCUAGAGAAGAUGGCUAGACCCAGAAUAAGAUGCGCUGACCUACCGAUCUUUUCUGGAAUAGCCAACGAGUGGCUGUCGUUCAGAGUAGCCUAUCAAGACUCUACGAGGAUAUACCAGAUAUCAGCGAACGAGAACCUGCAGAGACUGAGGAGCUGCCUGCGGGGAGAAGCAAGAAACGUCGUAGCCGGCCUGUUACAUGCCGCUACAGAUCCUGACGUCGUGAUGAAGACCCUCGAACAGUGCUUCGGAAGGCCUGAGGUCAUCAUAGAUCAAGCCUUCCUGGAAUUAAAGAAGCUUCCGAGACCCGGAUCAUCAGCAGUAGACCUGAACAGUUUUGCAGUGAAGGUUCAAAGCGUAGUCAGCACCCUGAACAGCAUCGGACGCCAGAGCUACCUCUACAACCCAAUGCUUGCGAGAGAGGUCUUGGACAAACUGAGUCCACACAUCAGAGCACGCUGGUGUGACUACGCCGAGGAACAUGAAGUUACACUACAACCAGAGAUUGUAGUGCUGUCUCGCUUUCUCAUGCGCGAGGCAGACCGGGCAUUGAAGCAUGCAUAUGCCCCACCUAUGAGCGUCUCAACACCUGCUGCAACCCGGAGGGAGACCAGACCCUCGAUGAACACCGGGAACCAGAGGAAGAAGAUGAGCGCCGUGUAUAACGUGACUGAAGCUGAAGAGGAACAAGUCAGCCAAUGUCCUAGCUCGAAGCUAUGCGGUGUGAACGAGUGUCGCAGUCCACACCAUCCGACCCUGCACCGAGAGGAGAAGACACCCAAACCCUUGAUAAAUGAAACCGAAGCCGUGCUGUCGGUGGCAACCAAAGCCACUGUGUCAACUCAAGCGGUUCUUCUGAAGAUGUGCCCAGUCACCGUCGUCGGGCCACGGGGGGAGGAGAAGACCUAUGCUCUACUGGACGAAGGGGCUACCAUCACCCUCAUCGACGAGGAGCUGGCAAAGAAAAUCGGCGCCAAGGGACCUCUCACACCACUUCACAUGCACGGGGUCAACAUGACUCAGCACGAGGAAGAUAGUCAGCUGGUUACGGUACACCUGGAGGGGAAGGAUGGAAAGAGACACAAGCUUCGAGCACGAACGAUCAAGAACAUGAAGCUUCACCAGCAGUCCAUUCCCAGCGCGUUACUGAAGCAAGAGCACCUACGAGAUCUGCCAAGAGAGGAAGUGUGCUACGACCAGGCACACCCUGGCAUCCUGGUGGGGACAGACCACUGGGAGUAUAUUGUAUCCCGGGAACUACGAGUUGGAGGCCCGAAUCAACCAGCCGCCUCUAGAACACAACUCGGCUGGGUGGUACAUGGAACAGCACCACGCAGCGUAAUCCAUAACCAGGAUGGCGUUCUUCAUGUCUUCACUGUCGAACCUGGUGGAGGCUUGAAGAAGCAGCAAGAUCAACGCCUUCAUGACCUGGUGGAGGAACAUUUUCGGAUCGACGCGCUCGGCAUCGCUCACAAGUCACGGGUGAGCGAGGUGAACUCCCGGGCAACAAAGAUCGUCGAGCAAACCUUAAAGAAGGUCGAAGGUGGAUACCAGGUGGGAUUGCCCUGGAAACAAGACGACAUUAAGAUGCCGCCUAGUUUCGACGCAGCACUUCGCCGUCUUACGAAGAUAGAACAGAAGAUGGAUGCCGCACCUGCCUUCGCCAAAGAAUACACCAAACAUAUAGAAAACCUGCUUGCAAAAGGAUACGCUGUGCCAUGCAACGGCACGGAGCGUUCGAGCCCGGUCUACGAAGACCGGAGUCUUCAAGCGUCCCGUCACGAAGCUCGUCGUGCUCGUGAAAGAGGAGGCUCGCAGCGCUACGCCGGGGGGAGAACUGUUACGGACGACGAGCAACGAGUGACGACGGGCCCGACGAACCACGACCGCCCCCGACGGCGA